UUAACGGGAUAUCUAGUUUCAUAUAAGUAAACGCGCAAAGAAAUGUGUUACCAAUUAUUGGGCAAUAGUUAAGAUUACUGUGGACAUGUUCACUUUUUAGAUAUAUAACUAGCAACAAGAAUCUUAACUAGUUUAGUUAAGAAUGUAUUUCAAUACAAUGAAGUGGUGAACACGAAAAGAUUCGUCUUACCAGUUGUUGGACAAAAACAGUCCAGAGUAUUCCAACUGCUGUCCAAACACUGAUUCACUAGAUUAGAUUCAUGUUGCUGGUGAUCUAAGAUGCGAAUAGCUCUAGAGUAUUCCGAUUGUCCAAUAACCGGAAACACCAAUUUUGCGCGUUAACCACUUUGUUAUAUGAACUACAUAUUCAGUUAUCUUUCAGCAGAAAUAUACUACCAUAGUAUGUUAUAUUUAUUUCAUUUAAUUACUUCACAAGAUUAUUUACAUCGUACAUAUACAAGUAAUCUGUAGUUUUAAAACAAUGACUAUAUGACAAAUGGUACUCUGAAUUGGUUUCAUUACCGUAGGGAAUGGCAACUGACAAUCUGUCUGCCCUUAGCAAAUAUCCUCGCUGUCAGUUAAUCAAAGCUUUUUCCGUCUUGUCCUUCACACAAUUUUCUUGAAAAGAGUAUAAAAAUAUUACCAACAUAGGGCUGUUCGGGUGAACACAGUUGGAUAUUGCCAACCUGAGAAAAGUUAUAACACCCAAAGCAGUAACCGAUGGAGUUAUUAGAUUUCAAAGGUUGACGAUAUCCCAUAUCACAUGAGCAGGUCUGUAUUUAUUGUUUUGUUAUACCGAAACUCGCAUUCUGAGAUAUGUCUUACAUUAAAGCGCCUUCAGUGGCAACGUCAUUUUGUUCUUCAAAGCACGGUAUAGUACUUAAAUAGAAAGGAUAAGCUCAUGUCGGAACAGGGUUUUGAAAACGAAUAACAUACGCAGUAUAAUUCAAAGCAUGAUCUUCUUAGUUCGGAGUUUGUUUUGAAAGCACAUAACACCCCACCGGACGAUAUUCAAAAUAAUUAGGUAGCAAGGUACACUUCGGUUCGAACAUUUUGGGCACGGACAGGGUUACUUGUAGCGAGUCGUAAUAUUGCACUUCCCUAAAGAGCUCGAGCAGGGUGGCCAUUUUAUAAUUUGCCUGCAUGUUUUGUGCUUUCAAUCAAUGACAAAAUCAGUACUCUCAUACAAGAAUAAAGAAACUUAUCAAAACAAAUGUUGUACCCCACCCAUUGAAAAUAACACGCAAAAAUCACAAAAUUAGCACUUUUCAGACAGCCUGCCACGAUCACGCUGCAAGAAUUAAGUCCAAUUCUUUUGCAUUUAUCAAUUCAAUAGGCCCUACUGAACAACAGGAUAUGAAUGGAAUGGGGGCCCAUCCAGCUCGUUUUUUCACAAAACUCCAAAAAUGUACCUGAGUGUCAAUCAAAAAGCAUGAAACUCUUCAAUGGUUUGAUUUUCCCUCACCGGAAAUGACACAUUAAUCCAUACAAAGCUAGCAGCUAUUAGUUUUACAACUGAAUUCAGAAUUUUACAUGUAUCGGCUAUUUAAAGUUUCUAAAGAAUUAACAAUCAUUAUUUCUCACUGUAAUUUACAGACAUCCAAAAUCACCAUAUUCUAAUUAGUUAAAAUAUUGACGGGGGCCAAAAUUCGAAGUGUACCCUGCUACCUUAAGACUUUUUUUGAGGUUCUUGUUCAUACCUAUACCACUGUAUUCUGGUAAAAGAAUAUGUUAUGAAUAAAAUAAAACUGACAGAAAACAAUAAAUCUUACUAAUUUGUUGUGUAUUUCAUCUUAUUUAAGUAUACUGCAAAUCAAGGGAAGUAACAAAAAUGUGAGUUAAAAAUACUUCAGACACAGCUUCAUUUCUUGAAAUAAAAAUGACUGAAAAGGAAUAAAUGGCCAAAAUCAUUUUCUGUUUGUAAGCUGUUAUACAUCAGCCUUACAAAAAUACCAGUUAUUUAUUAGAAACCUAUAUCAGAAUGAAAAAUGACUUUACAAUGUUUGUUCAACAUAGCCGACUCUUCGGAAAGACACAUACCCUCUUAAAAUGCUUUUAUAUACAAAUAUAUUAGUAAGAUCAAAAUUACUUUGUAUUACAAGUGUAAACAAAAGCCUUAUUGCUCAAUAUAAAUAAUCCAUAUAAGUACAAACAAUAAAAAAAAAGCAGAGAAUUCAACCCCAUUCUUUCACAGUAAAAGAGUCUUUAGAUCAAGGGAGGCAAAUCUUUAAACCAUGCUGAACUGAGAUUUCCACCUGCAAAGCUAUUACAAAAACCCACAAAAACACUAAUUAAUGAGCUCUACUGAAAUAUGACACUUUGUCCAGCUGAUAAGCCCACACUUCAUGAUAACAACACAUUUCUGUCCAUUUCUUAAUAGCUUUUGUUGAGUGCACAGUGAAUUAUGAAGGAAUAUCCUAAAAAGUCUAAAAAAAGUUGUAACAGGAGUAAAAGAGCUAGACAAAACUGGUUUAAAAAGGGCCAUAAUGGCAAUGUUAGCAGACAGUUUGUUAGUGAGACAUCAAAUGCUUCAAGUGCUGAUGCUGAAACUCAAGAUUUCCAUGGCCUAGACUCACAAGUGAAGACUGUUACAAGGCUGGAAAAGUCUGUAGCUGCUGAUGUGCUCAAUGCCGCCAGCUGUACAACACCUGGUAUCCUACCAUACAAACUCAGGCCUGCACAAGACAGCAAUCAAACUGCAAACAAGAGAGAAGAAGGAAUAAAUAAAGCACAGGAUUCAAAUGAAAACAUAAUCGUCAACAUAAAAAAACUUAAAAGUGUUUUCGAACUGGUAUCUAAACAUGUCUGUGAAAAGCCAAAUAUAAUGAUGUCUGUUGCAGACAGAAAAGGAUUAUGUAUUUCUUUGGAGGUAAAAUGCCAGAAUUGUGACUUUGCUACCGGACAUAUACCUCUGUUUGACUCCAUAAAAACAAAACAGGGCCAAGAAUCUGGCACGAUCAAUAACACAGUACUCAUGCCAGUGAUGACGUCAAAACUUGGAAUUACUGACAUACAGCUUGUGCUCUCCUGCUUGAACAUCCGUGCUCCAAACAAGCGUGGAAUGCAAAGAAAACUGAACAAUGUCUCUGAUCAAGUACAGUCACUUAACAAAGAACAAAUGGUAAGAAACCAGAGGUAUAUUAAAAAGGUACAGUACCUGGCACAGUCAUCAGGCGGAACCGACAUUGAAUAUGAUGUUUCGUACACCAGUCGUCCGAAAGCUGGCGAGACGACAGCGACACAGUGCUUUGCUCCUGUAAUAGAAAAAACAACAGUUAAACACUUACCAGUUGACAUCCAAAUUGCAAAUAAACUGUGCUCAUUGAGGAACUGCUCCCACAAUAACAAAAAAUGCCGAAAGAACUAUGCAACUGACACAUCUAUAAAUCAAGCAGAGACAACACUUCUGAAGGAAUCAAUAAAAAGCAUAUUCGACAAAAAAAAUUUAAGUGUACAAACAAUUACAACAGACGGAAGUUUCCAACUUGCUAAAGCGGUACGUGAUAUCAAUGCCAAAACCUCAGCUAAGAUUCUUCACUACAAGUGCUUUGUGCACAAUAUGCGCAACUUGCACAAACACUUGAAAGCUGUCAAAUUAAAGUCAGCUACUAGGAAAGAUAAAACUGUGUAUACCCAGCAAGUGGCUACAAGUCUGCGCUCUAGAAUUCGGGCUGAACUGAAGAACAUCAAGCUUGCUUGUAGAAAUAUGGACCAAUAUGUGCACCAGGCUCAAAAGUGUAUGACAAACAUUAUUCGUUGUAGUACCAAUGACCAUUCCAUGUGCAGAAGUGCUUCAAUGAUCUGUACAGCUCAUCUGAAAAAAGUACAUAUUCAUAAACAUAUGCGCUAUUUACCAGAACAAAAGUACAUGCAACUGUCACUGUCAGAGAAGGACUCUUUACAGAAA